AAAAGCUUCCUGGAAAUGUCCUCGUUAUCGCGUCCCCUCUCCGGCUGGGGGCUGGGAGCGGGCGGUCCCCUCCGCCCCUGGCCGUUCGCGGGCGAUCGCAGGCUCACAGGCGCCAGCGCGCAGCACAGCUCGGAGAGGGGCCCCGCGGCUCGCAGCUCCGCCACGCGCCGAGCGCUCUGGUCCUGGCUGCGACGCGCCACCGUCCCCGCCCGCUUCGAAAUGAGGGUCCUGGGUGGGCACUGCGGGGCGCUACUGGCGUGCCUCGCCCUGGUGCUCCCCGUCUCGGAGGCAAACUUUUUGUCAAAGCAACAUGCUUCACAAGUCCUGGUUAGGAAACGCCGUGCAAAUUCUCUGCUUGAAGAAACCAAGCAGGGUAAUCUUGAAAGAGAAUGUAUUGAAGAACUGUGCAAUAAGGAAGAAGCCAGGGAAGUCUUUGAAAAUGACCCCGAAACGGAUUAUUUUUAUCCAAAAUACUUAGGAUGUCUCGGCUCUUUUCGAGCUGGAUUAUUCACCCCUGCACGUCAGUCGACUAAUGCUCACCCUGACCUAAGGAGCUGUGUCAAUGCCAUUCCAGACCAAUGUGAUCCUCUGCCAUGCAAUGAAGAUGGAUAUAUGCGCUGCAAAGAUGGCCAAGCUACAUUCACUUGCAUUUGUAAAUUAGGCUGGCAAGGAGACAAGUGCGAAUUUGAUAUAAAUGAAUGCAAAGAUCCUUCAAAUGUGAAUGGAGGUUGCAGCCAGAUUUGUGAUAAUACCCCUGGAAGUUACCACUGUUCCUGUAAAAGCGGUUUUAUUAUGCUUCCAAAUAAAAAGGACUGUAGAGAUGUGGAUGAAUGCUCUAUAAAGCCAAGCAUUUGUGGCACAGCUGUGUGCAAGAACAUCCCAGGAGGCUUCGAAUGUGAAUGCCCUGAAGGCUACAGAUACAAUCCCAGAUCAAAGUCUUGUGAAGAUAUAGACGAAUGCUCAGAGAACAUGUGUGCCCAACUUUGCGUCAAUUACCCUGGAGGUUACUCUUGUUACUGUGACAGUAACCUAGGCGGUUUGUUUUGUUUUGUUUCUUUUUUUCCCCAGGCCGUUCCAGUGUGCCUGCCCUUGAACCUUGACAAAAAUUAUGAAUUACUUUACUUGGCAGAGCAGUUUGUAGGGGUCGUUUUAUAUUUAAAAUUUCGUCUGCCAGAAAUCACCAGAUUUUCGGCUGAAUUUGAUUUCCGGACAUAUGACUCAGAAGGUGUCAUACUGUAUGCAGAAUCUCUCGAUCACUCAGCUUGGUUCCUGAUUGCACUUCGCGAUGGGAAAAUUGAAAUUCAGCUUAAGAAUGAAUAUACAGCCAAAAUCAUAACUGGAGGCAAAGCUAUUAAUAAUGGUCUAUGGAAUAUGGUGUCUGUAGAAGAAUUAGAAAAUAGUAUCAGUGUCAAAAUAGCUAAAGAAGCUGUGAUGAAUAUAAAUAAACCUGGAAGCCUUUUUAAGCCUACCAAUGGAUUUUUGGAAACCAAAGUAUACUUUGCAGGAUUCCCUCGAAAAGUGGAGAAUUCACUCAUUAGAUCGAUUAACCCUCGUUUAGAUGGGUGUAUAAGAGGCUGGAAUCUGAUGGAGCAAGGAGCUUCAGGAGUAAAGGAAAUUAUUCAAGAAAAACAAAACAAGCAUUGCUUUGUUACUGUGGAGAAGGGCUCCUACUAUCCUGGUUCUGGAGUUGCUCAAUUUGCCAUUGAUUAUAAUAACAUAACCAAUGCUGAAGGUUGGCAAGUGAAUGUGACCUUGAAUAUUCGCCCAUCUGCGGGCACUGGUGUUAUGCUGGCCUUGGUUUCUGGUAACACAGUGCCCUUUGCCUUGUCCUUGGUGGACUCCACCUCUGAAAAAUUUCAGGAUAUUCUGGUAUCUGUUGAAAAUACCGUAAUAUCUCGGAUCGAGGCUGUGAGUCUGUGUUCUGAUCAACAAUCAGAUCUUGAAUUGAAAGUCAACAGAAACGCUCUAGAACUGUGGACUCCUCUUAAAAACGAUAUCAUCUCCUCUGAACACUUUCAAAGACAAUUUGCCACCUUGGAUAAAGCAAUGAAAGGAACAGUGGCCACUUACUUGGGUGGCAUUCCAGAUGUUCCAUUCAAUGCCACACCAGUGAAUGCCUUUUAUAAUGGCUGCAUGGAAAUGAAUAUUAAUGGUGUACAGUUGGAUCUGGAUGAAGCUAUUUCUAAACACAAUGAUAUUAGAGCUCACUCGUGUCCAUCGGUUUGGAAAAAUACAAUGAAUUCUUAAGGCAUUUUUCUCUGCUGAUAAUAUCUUUUCCCUGUGUGUAAUUAUACUUUUGUUUUCAAUAACAGCUGAAAAGUUUUACCAUGAUGUGCAGUUUUUGAUUAUUUUGUGGCACUUUAGCCUUCCUGGAAUUUUAAACAGUCCUUUUCAAGAAAAAAUAAAUUCUAUUGUGAUAUCAAUCAUGUUUAAAAAAAAAAAAUCCUUCCUUCUGUUGCUAUCUAGAAAUUAAAUAAUGGAACACAUAAAAA